CAGAGCGACAGCUUUGAAAGUUCCAAAGCUGUCUUUGGAGGUCGAGUGACUCAGUCGCAGCUGCAGAGAACAGUUCGCAGGAGCCAUCAAAGAAUAGAGACAUCAGCUUUGGUAUCUUUCUGCGAAGCUGGUUUGCUCCGCCCAUCAAUCAUUCAUAUACCAGGUACCAUAAAAUCCACUGAUUUAGAAAAGCAAAGAAAACUCUUUUCCACCAUGUUGUCUCUUCGAUUCUUACUCGUCGCUCUCUUGGCGUCUUGUAGCGCUGCCUUUGUGGUCCAGCCCACAACAGUCUCUUCCUCGUCGACGACGUCUCUCCAUUCCACCUUUCACCACGACGACUUCAAUGACAACAACGACGCACCACUGGAUGUGCAACCCUUGGCGGAACUGGGACCGCUGGCUCUGAAAAUGGCGGGAGUUUUGACCAUCAAGACGGCCAAAGACAUGGUCAAUUAUCCACCGCAGCUGUUUGAUCAGCUCACGCGCAGUGCCAGUGGCAAGAAUGAAAUGAAUCCGGUCGUCAUGUUGGCCAAACUCAUGGGCGUUCUCGUCUUUAAAAUGGCCCACGACGCCGUCUACUUUCCCAUGGUAUGGACCCAACGAAUGGUCGAAUGUCAAUCUCUGGAUGAAUGUGAUGUCGAGUAAAAGCAGAAAGAACAGGAAAGGACAAAAGCAACAGACAUAGAAAGAAAGACGACACAAGCUCUUGCCCUUCCAAAAAACAAAAAAUGCAAGCGAAAGAUGAACGUGCUGCUCGGUGAAUCUACAAAAUUUGAAACGAUGAAUCAUCACGAUUGAUAGGAUUGCAGACAAAUUUACUCCUCCUCAAAAGAGGAAGAAUUUUUUCAAGUGACGCUGGCUGUUGCCACACGAACAAUAACGACAAUCAGGUUGGCCAGCAUCCUUCUUUCUUUGAACACAGCAAUGCAAUGAUAACACUU